AUGUCGAAUCCCGUAAUAGCUACUGAAGGACCAUCAUCAACACAACCAUCCAGGAAGCGUGGAUCACCGAAUACUGUUAAUUUGAGAAGAGGGGCAGUCUCUACUUCAUCAGUAGCACAGGGCGAAGAGAGUGGCACGUCGCAAGACCAGGGAGCUUUUAACACGCCGGGCCCUUCAACUGAGACGGUUGACGCGGGAGAACGUGUAGUGAAUAACCGUCACUCACGUCAAAGCCGCUUUAUUAGUAAAGAACUUCGAUACCUUACCGACUUUUUUCCCGAUCAAGAACCAUCUGAUCGUCGCCUUACGCGCUCUCAGCGUCAACUAUCAGCUCCUUCUUCCCCAGCAACGAAUAGCGCAGAGAUCAACUAUAAUUUAAAUUCGACAUCUAGCGUUUCGUCUCCUCUACCACAGCAAAGUGCCGGUAAAGAAAGGACAACGCGUGGCCGUAAGGGACGCGGUUCCCUGAAACUGUUAGAUUCUGGUGGGACGAGUACGGAGAGCGAUUCACAGCCGGGAACUUCUUCAGCAGCUCGUCAUCGUGGAAUAAACACAGCAACGACGGGCUUGUGCAAUAGUGUCGUACGUUGUGAGGGAACCUCGAACCGCGUGUUCCCAUCCGGUUCUUCAUCAGCUUUAGCUGGACAGCAUGACGCCGAUUUCCGUCUCAGUUCACAAGGCAGCGCUAUUCCACAGGUAAAUGAAACAGGGCAUUUCCGGCCAUUACCCGGUGAAGGUGUUAUUCAGAUUGCUGGGAGUGCGCGUUCGUCUACGGAAUCUGCUCUAGAUGGCUCUGCUGCAGCAACGAUUGGAGCAUAUAAUCUCUCUUCUGAUACGCACCACGAUCAUGGCGUACCCCUAAGGACACAGGCAACACAUUCAGCAUCGUCUUUUCUUGGCACUCUUAUUCCACGUGUUCAUCAUUUGUUGGGGACCAGCCAUUCUCAUCCAAGUCUGACGUUUAUGGAACGUUGUAAAGGUGCGAGAAUAGUGAUGCUGUUUAUGAGUUAA